UUUUUUUCUUUUAUUUUUCCGAGAGUUCUUCUCCUUGUGCUUAAACCCUAUUUCACGUUAAGCCACCCCGCCCUCCCAUUACAUGGUACUCCGCCCCGCCGCACGCCGUUCCUAUCCAGAUAGUUCCUGAAUCUUUGUAAUUUGUAGCAGCUUCAAGCUUAAAAGGGUUUAGGGUUUUCAAUCGCUUGCCCAAGAUGAAGCAAGUAGUGGGUAUGGUGGUUUCAAACAAAAUGCAGAAAUCAGUUGUCGUUGCAGUGGACAGAUUGUUUUAUCACAAACUCUAUAAUCGCUACGUUAAACGCACUUCCAAGUUCAUGGCUCAUGACGAGAACAACCAGUGCAAUAUUGGUGACAGGGUUAAAUUAGAUCCUUCUAGGCCAUUGAGCAAGCGUAAACAUUGGGUGGUUGCUGAAAUUUUGAGGAAAGCACGAAUUUACGAGCCACCAUCACAAGAUAACCAAACUGUUUCAGACAAAAGCAAUGUUUCAGCUCCUUCAACCACUUAAGAAGAAACUACUGCAAACCACAAGACCAAAUUCGAUCUCGCAUUGCAUUGGAAAACUGAAGAACGGAAACUCUGGACAAUGAACUACUUCUGUAAGCAGUAUGUUUCUCAGAUUAAAGAUUUGUAGUUACAUUACCAUUUCGUUUCUUACUGUUGUGUGAACCUUCUUCUUUCCUACGAGGCAUUUUAUCUCCACAAGUGUUGUUGUGAUGUUAAAAAUGCAUAAUAAACAUAUUCAGAAAGGUUCUAUCCAUCAGUUCAUAUCUCUGGAAGUCAGAAGAGAUCUAACUUUAUUCUAAA